AUGUCCAACAGACGGCAGUGGAUAUCAAAGGCUGAGGACGUGGCCGAUGAGGUGAGUGCUGAACGCGAGCGCCUAUAUCUCACACUUGAUUCCCCGAUCUCUUGUUUGUGUCGACCACUGGAUCAGGUGUUCCGUCGGUCAAAGGCUAUCCUACCGACGAUCGCCCGCUUGUGUCUGGUCUCCACAUUUAUCGAGGAUGGACUCCACAUACGUCUCCGGUGGUCACAGGGGAGGAACUACAUGGACAAGAGGUGGGGCCACGAAUUGGCCACACUUUUUGUCUCAAUCAAUAUGUUGUCCCAAUUAAUCGCAUCCGGGCUCGAGUUGACCCGCUAUCACGUGACCAUUGCGUGCGGCCUACUCUUCUGCGUUGUUGGACUUCGGACAUUGACGUUCGGGGCCGUAUGGAACCCCCUCUUAUGGCCGUGGGCUCUGAACCUAUGCGGCGCUCUAUUGUUGCUGUUGGCGGAGUGCCAGACGGAGGCGCCCACUCUAUUGGCCGGUGUGCCCAGCGAUGAACAGAACCGACCCAAAGCUUAUCUACUGUUCACCGGAAGGAUACUAACGCUUCUCAUAUUCUUCACAAGCCUUAGUCUAGAGCUGCGAGACAUGGAAAACGUGUUUCUUAUCAUACGAAAGGUGAUAGUCUUGGUACUCGUGGUGGCCGUCACUAUCGGCUAUAAGACCAAACCGUCGGCCCUUUUGCUGGUCGUGUGGCUCACGGGUUAG